GUGCGCAGUAUGGGGGACCGCUGGUCGGGACCCAGUGAGCGCGGGACUACAAUUCCCAAAUGAUCGUAGCACCCGGCGCCCCGCCAACAAGUAGUCGGUGGUUCGCUCCGUGCUCCCGCGGGCGCGCACACGCGGCGGGCGGUGGCGGGAUUUCGCCGCGUGCGCUUUCCCGCCACGCCCCGGGCUGACUGUUGGGUGUCGCCUACCGCCCUGUGCUCGCUUCGUCGCUGCUCCGCGCGCCCCACCUUCUCGCUAGUUUCUUCUAGAGCCCAGGCUCCGCCCGUUUCCCGCUUCCAGGGCCCGGUUUGUUCCCGCCCAUACCCGUCCCUCUCCUCUGCACCCCUACUGCUUCUGCUUUGAAGGCGGAGGCUCCAUGUUGUCCCCUCAGCGAGUGGCAGCAGCUGCCUCGAGAGGAGCAGCUUUAUUCUAGUGUAAUCUGUGUGCUGUUGAAAUGACCGUUUUUCACUUGCAAAAUCGAAAGGCAGAAAGAACAGUGAAGAAUUUUUAAACGAGUCUCAGUUCUCAGAUUCAAAUACGAGGCAAUGAAACGUUUUGUGAAAGUCUUGGAAUAAUGGACCAAAAAUGUACAAUUUCACAUGUUGGCUAAUUUUUGGAGAUUUAAGAAGCAUAACCUACGGAGUACUAGUUCCUGUCAAGAAUUCAGCGUUGCAACAUAGGUGAUGCCAUGGAGAGCAGCAAGCCGGAACCAGUGCAGGUUGUUUUGGUUCAGAAAGAACAACAUUCCUUUGAGCUAGAUGAGAAAGCCUUGGCCAGCAUCCUCUUGCAGGACCACAUCCGAGAUCUUGAUGUGGUGGUGGUUUCAGUGGCUGGUGCCUUCCGAAAGGGCAAGUCUUUCAUUCUGGAUUUUAUGCUACGAUACUUAUAUUCUCAGAAGGAAAGUGGCCGUUCAAAUUGGUUGGGUGACCCAGAAGAACCAUUAACAGGAUUUUCAUGGAGAGGGGGUUCUGAUCCAGAAACCACUGGGAUUCAGAUCUGGAGUGAAGUUUUCACUGUGGUGAAGCCAGGUGGGAAGAAGGUUGCAGUUGUUCUGAUGGAUACCCAGGGGGCAUUUGACAGCCAGUCAACUGUGAAAGACUGUGCUACCAUCUUUGCUCUAAGUACUAUGACUAGUUCUGUUCAGAUUUAUAAUUUAUCCCAGAACAUUCAGGAAGAUGAUCUUCAACAGCUGCAGCUCUUCACAGAAUAUGGUCGUCUGGCAAUGGAUGAAAUUUUCCAAAAGCCUUUCCAGACACUGAUGUUUUUGGUUAGAGAUUGGAGUUUCCCUUAUGAAUACAGCUAUGGACUACAAGGAGGAAUGGCAUUUUUGGAUAAGCGUUUACAGGUGAAGGAACAUCAACAUGAGGAAAUUCAGAAUGUUCGAAAUCACAUUCACUCGUGUUUCUCCGAUGUCACCUGCUUUCUCUUACCGCAUCCAGGACUCCAGGUGGCCACAAGCCCUGACUUUGAUGGGAAAUUAAAAGAUAUUGCUGGUGAGUUCAAAGAGCAGUUACAAGUACUGAUACCAUAUGUAUUAAACCCAUCUAAGUUAAUGGAAAAGGAGAUCAAUGGCUCAAAGGUCACCUGUCGGGGACUGUUGGAGUAUUUUAAGGCAUAUAUUAAAAUUUAUCAAGGAGAAGAUCUGCCUCACCCCAAGUCCAUGCUUCAGGCCACUGCCGAAGCCAACAACCUAGCAGCUGCAGCCUCUGCCAAGGACAUUUAUUAUAACAACAUGGAAGAGGUAUGUGGGGGAGAGAAACCUUAUUUAUCUCCAGACAUUCUAGAGGAGAAGCACUGUGAAUUCAAACAGCUUGCUCUGGACCAUUUUAAGAAGACCAAGAAGAUGGGUGGGAAGGAUUUCAGCUUUCGUUACCAGCAGGAGCUGGAGGAGGAAAUCAAAGAAUUAUAUGAGAACUUCUGCAAGCACAAUGGUAGCAAGAACGUCUUCAGCACCUUCCGAACCCCUGCAGUGCUGUUCACUGGCAUUGUGGCUUUGUACAUAGCCUCAGGCCUCACUGGCUUUGUAGGUCUUGGGGUUGUAGCCCAGCUGUUCAACUGUAUGGUUGGACUGCUGUUAAUAGCGCUCCUCACCUGGGGCUACAUUAGGUAUUCUGGUCAAUAUCGUGAGCUGGGCGGAGCCAUUGAUUUUGGUGCUGCAUAUGUGUUGGAGCAGGCGUCUUCUCAUAUCGGUAAUUCCACUCAGGCUGCCGUGAGGGAUGCAGUUGUUGGAAGACCACCUGUGGAUAAAAAGUCUCAAUAGCAUCUUAAAAUGAAGAUCAAACAAGAACACAAGCAGCCCCUUCUGACUUCUGGGUUUCUGCCACGGCCAUAGGUUCAUAUCCAGAGGAAUGGCAGAUCUGAGACCAUCCAGGAAGAGCUAACACAUGGCACUGUAAUAAAUGAGCAGACCUCUUCUGUGGUUUCAAAUUAUUAAAUGCACUUCCAUUUCUGUUGGAAGCAUUUCUUUUCCUUGCUGUUAUAGAUGCAAGCCUGUGUCUAUUUUCAUAUUACUCUGCUUUGUGCACUUUAUGGGGGAGGAAGCUAUAGGAAAAAUAGAAAUACAGCUCUUAAGUUCUUUAUGUACCACUUAGUGCCUUUUAAGAUUGAUUCCAUGGUUUUGCAGACACAAUGGGGAGGGGAUGGAGGAUAACCUCAUGAAAGAUGCCAUAGAUGCCAUUUUGGGGCGAAACUUGUCAUUUCUUUUAUAGUUUACUCUUUUGAGAAGGAUUCCUUUUUUUUUUUUGAGACAGUCUUGCUCUGUUGCCAGGCUGGAGUGCAGUGGCGUGGUCUUGGCUCAUGGCAACCUCCGCCUCCUAGGUCCAAGUGAUUCUCCCGUCUCAGCCUCCCGAGUAGCUGGGACUACAGGUGUGUGCCACCACACUCAGCUAAUUUUUUUUGUAUUUUUGGUAGAGAUGGGGUUUCACCAUGUUGGCCAGGAUGGUCUAGAUCUCUUGACCUUGUGAUCUGCCCACCUUGGCCUCCCAAAGUGCAGGUGUGAGCUACUGUGCCCGGCCGAGAAGGAUUCCUUUUUUAAAAGUUUACAAAACUUGGAGAAACAUCAGAACUAAAGACUAACUGAAAAUGAUAUCAUUACUCUUAAAAAAAAUUACAAUAGGGAAUCCUAUUGCCAUAUAGUGUGGAAAAUUCGUAUCAUAUUUAAAUAUACCAUACUCUGAAAUGUGAGUUUUUUACCCAGGAGGCUGACAUUUUUGUUGUAACUUGCUUUAUUUUUUGGAGGGGGGUCCCUGUAGCUUCUUUUUAGAAAAAGAGACAAACGUGCCUUGAAAAGCCAGAGUGGCUCAUAAUAAAAGGAAUGAGCUAGAUACUUUAAGAAAAAAGCUAAGUUUAAAUGAACUGUGUGACCUCUGAUAAGUCACUUGAACUUGUGCCUUGGUCAGGUUCACUGUAGGUUUACAUAUGUGUGUAUGUUGUACACAGUCUUGUAAUUGUCAUUUGAGAGGUUUUCUUUUUGAGAGUUCUGCAUAAGAAUGGAAUUUUAUUAUGGAUUAGAGGGAAGAUAUUACCAAAUAUUACUGCCUUUAAUUGAUGUCUGAUUUCAUAUGGCUUCGCAAUUAAUAAAUAACCUGAUUUAAGGUCUUCAUUCAGAAUGUUAAUUGCAUUCUCUGUCCUGUCUAAUGUUCUUAAUAAUGAAGCUAAAAUUGAUCCAUUUUAUUUAGUGAAUCAUCUUCUCUUUAAUUUUACUUUGGCUAAUCUGAUAGCUUUAAGACAGCUUUGGCUUAGUAAGGACCAAAGUCCUACCCAAAUAUAAACAAUUUCUAGAAGUAUCUAAGAGUUUUUUUUUUCUAUUUACCUUGAUUAGGAGAUAAAAAGUUUUAUCUGUUAGCUGCUUUUCCUUUUGGAAUUAUUGUGGAUUUUAAAACUUCUUAAAACUUGCCUGCAAGUAUUUAUAUAAACAUUGAGGUAUAUAAGCCUUAACUUCUGAGCUAAUUUAACUUUUGUUAUGCGAGAGAGGUAAGAGUGCAAAUUUUAUAUACAUGAAGGUAAUUAUGUACAUGAAGGUAAGAUCUGAGUGUAAAUUUUAUAUACAUGAAGAGAAAGUCCCUUUUAGCAUGUAAUGUUUAUUAAAGAAUUUUCUUUUGACACUUUACCACUCAAGUGUUUUUGUAAGUCCUAAGUUCCCAGCAUAUUAUAUUCAUAUUUAUAUGCUGUCUUUCCCUGAAGUUCUUGCUGUUUUAUUCACUUGCUGUUACACUUUAGAAAAGUUUCUGCUUGUUUACUUGCAUUUAUCAGUGAUGCCAAGCUUUGACUGUUAACGCGAAAGCUUGCUUCUGAAAUGUUGGUGCAUUUUCAGGUUUCAGGUGACCUCUUAUGUCUUUGAAAGGAGAUAAGAGGUCAUACCUAUUAGCAGGCUCUACAAAUAUUGAGAUACUUAGCAUUUAGUGCAUUCUAUAAAUAAAUUUAUAGAUUUCAGAAUAAUUGUCAAAAGUGGUCCUACUUUUAGUGAUGAGGAGGGGUGAUGUGCCAGAAACUCAUUCUAAACUAAAGUAUUAGGUCACUUUUAAAAAAGAUAAUGUAUGAUUUAAUGAAGUCCUAAGAUUCAGUUACUGUUUAAAUUCACCCUUUCUGUUUUGGUCUUAUAAAGGCAUCUUGGUUUAAUUAUCCAGAGGAAGUUCCCCUCACCUUUUUUUUCCCCCUCAGUUCUUCUGGAAAGUGUUUAUAAAGUUUUCUCAGUGAGGGUUCUUCAGAGUUUUCUUUGGGCUGUUUUCUCUCAGCAGUAAAUUGAUGAUUUUGUAUUAACUUUUUCAAUAAAAGAUGCAUUAUCAUUGCUGGCUAUAAAUCAUCCUGGGGAGAUGUCUUUUACUUCUUCCACCUUUCACUUGUGGUUCAGAAGCUCAGACUGUGCAUGCUUGUGUGGUGUUUGUUGCUCUGCCACUUUCCCUGCAGGCAUUUUAAAUUUUGCACAUUCCUAACAAUAUAUGGAACUCAUUCCUAUGAAUAUAUCAAGAGGCUUCUGAAAGUUUCUAUUAAAAUAUUUCAGGAGAAAUUAAGUGUUGACAAUUUUGAAAAAAAUAAUUUCAGUGAGCUGCUUAUAGUAAAAAUAGUAGAAUCAGUUUUCAUUCCUUUUUUUUUUUUGAGACGGAGUUUUGCUCUUGUUACCCAGGCUGGAGUGCAAUGGCGCGAUCUCGGCUCACUGCAACCUCCUCCUCCUGGGUUCAGGCAAUUCUCCUGCCUCAGCCUCCUGAGUGGCUGGAUUUACAGGCACGCACCACUAUGCCCAGCUAAUUUUUUGUAUUUUUAGUAGAGACAGGGUUUCACCAUGUUGACCAGGAUGGUCUCGAUCUCUUGACCUCAUGAUCCACCCGCCUCAGCCUCCCAAAGUUAGUUUUCAUUCUUUCACUGAGAAAUCUUUCUGUAAGAUUGGCUUGUAGAUGGAACGAGACAAACUACCAUGUAUGAUGAGAAAACAGCUUCAGAGUCAUGCCUUAUUUUUUUAUUUUUUGAGACAGAGGUCUCGUUCUGUCACCCAGGUUGGAGUGCAGUGGUGCAAUCUUGGCUCACUGUAACCUUUGGCUCCUGGGUUCAAGCCAUUCUCCUGCCUCAGCUUCCUGAGUAGCUGGGACUACAGGUGCACACCACCAUGCCCAACUAAUUUUUGUAUUUUUAGUAGAGAUGGGGUUUUGCCAUGUUGGCCAGGCUGAUCUCAAACUCCUGACCUCAGGUGAUCCACCCAACUCAGCCUCCCAAAGUGCUGGGAUUGCAGGCGUGAGCCACACUGCCCGGCUGAGUCAUGCCUUAUAUUCAUAGUAUACCAAGAAAUGUUCUAUGGAGGUUUACGUUUUAACACCUCUUUUAUAUUUGGUAAAAUUGCUUGUGAAUAUUGUUUCUCUUUAUUCUUUUUUUUUUUUGAGACAGACUUGCUCUGUCGCCCAGGCUGAAGUGCAGUGGCGUGAUCUUGGCUCACUACAACCUCUGCCUCCUGGGUACAAGGGAUUCUUCUGACUCAGUCUUUCAGAUAGCUGGGAUUACAGGCAUGUGCCAUCACACCCUGUUUAUUUUUGUAUUUUUAGUUGAGAUGGGGUUUCACCAUGUUGACCAGACUGGUCUUAACUCCUUUGGUAAUCUGCCUGCCUCAGCCUUCCAAAGUAUUGGGAUUACAGGCGUUAGCCACUGCACCUGGGCUUGUUUUUAUUUUUUCUCUUGCAUGAAGUAAAGUUCUUUGGUCAAACAGACACAAAGAAAAAUAUAGCCUUGUACUGGUGAUCAGUUUCAAUAGUGGAUCACACACAGUGUUGUACUUGGCUUAUAAAAAUGGUGCCUUGGCGUAUCUGUGAUCCCAGCUACUCGGGAGGCUGAGGCAGGGGAAUUGCUUGAACUGGUACCCGGGAGGUGGAGGUUGCAGUGAGCCGUGAUUGCACCACUGCACUUCAGCCUGGGCUACAGAGCGAGACUCUGUCUCAGGAAAAAAAGAAAAAGUGCCUUGAAUAGGGUGAGUUUGGAUAAGUAUGUAUGUAUGAGUUAUAGCAAAGUAGGUUGAAUGAAGAAGUCCAGGCAAAAGCAAUAAAACAAAUAGUUUUAUUUUUUCCCAGAUUCUUUUUAAAAAACGAUGUCACUUAUAUGGGAGUCUUCAUAAAACUUUUUUCUGGAACUAUGGAAAUGUAAUUUAGGAUGAUUUGAUGUUCCAUCUCAAGGUGCCAACAUGGCUGCGUCAUUCUGGCUGACGCAUUUUUGAUCUAACAAAAUUCUAGUAAAGGGAUGACGGCAUAAUGAAGACAAGCUUCAGUUAUGAAAAUACAAACUGUGUGAUUAAUUUUUAAAAACGCCGUUGAGAAGCCCAUUGUAAAAGAACAUUUGCAGUCGAAGUGUUUUUAUUCGUUGUAAGUACCUAUGUUUUGGGUAGUGGUUCUCAUCUACCUUGAAGUACAUAAGACUUACCUAGCAGGCUUGUUUAAAAAGUUCAGAUUCCCAGUUUUGUAUCCUAGAGAUUGCCUCAGUUGGUGUGGGCUGUGGCCUUAGAAUCAUCACUUUUAUAAACAGUGGUUCAGAGGCCACAGAGAGAGGAGGCAAGUGGACGCUUUUUACCUGAGGUUUAGAAUAGGUGUUCUCUGGCCAGGUACAAUCACCAGGCGUUUUCUGUCUUCAGAAGUAGUAAGGAUGCCUCUAAUUGAGAGGAUUAUCUAAGCUCCUGACAGCUGUUUUUCUCCGUUGUCUUAGUGCCUUCUCUGAAAAAUAAAUGUACAAGUAUCCUAUUUUCUAACAGAUGUAAUUAGGAUUUUUUUAGUUUUUCUUUCAAAAAGUAGAAUUCAGCACUGUGACUUGAACCCCCAAAUCUUUCACAUACAGGAAACAUUAAGCCACAAUAAAAAUAAUGACAAGAAGGAAGACAAGCUCAUAACUUCUGUUAUUAGUGACCUAACCACCCCACAUCAGAAACUUUGCAAAACAGAUCUAGGACAGAAAGGUUUUGAAAGACAUUUUUCUUUGGGAGGGAAUUUCAUGUGCCAGAACUCAGGUUUAAAUGUAGUGUUUUUAUGAGCAAGGGAAGGUAGCAUUGACUUCCAGAGCUUUCUAAUUAGGUAUGUGCCGUCAUGGAUGUGAGCCUUAAAGGAGUUAAUACUAAUCUUGUACAUACAGAAAUUUUGCUCGGGUUUCUUUUUUCUUUUAAAAAAUGAUUGUUAAAAGUACUUUCUGCUAGACCCUUGCCUUUGAGUGGCUUUACAAUUGAAAAAAUUUUUUAAAAAGCGAAAUGGUCUGAGAUUACACUAUUAGUAUAUUAAAAGCAUGUUCCUGUUUUACUCCAAUAUGUAAGAUCAUUUAAUGGAAUAAAGAUCACAACAUCAUGUUA